GUAGAAAGCUUCUGCGACGACGCGUGACCAACAACCUGACGUACUCCACUUACACUACUAGCCUAGUAGUCGCCGGUAUUGGUUGCCUAAGCAUACAUACAAGUCAUUAGAGAGGUUUAUCUAACUGUUACAUUGUUUCUCGGUCCUAGUGUUACUCAGAUAUCCCUUAAGGCUUUAAUGGCUACACUCGCAUCUACAGCAUCCUGCUGCCCGCACUGCAAUUAAAAUACUCGUUAAUGAAGUGUGGCGUCACUUGGGACACAUGGGAGCCUUCGGAACCCAACAUGCUCGGGAGUUCGCAAGCAGGAUGUCAAGAAGAUGUUUCAGCGGCCUACAAUAUGACACGCUGAACCUCUUCCGCCUGAUCGCAAAGCAUCCGUGGACGCUGGCGUAUCCACUCUUGAUGAUGGCGACACUCCUAGCGCUGGGGGUGUGGGGCGUAACCCAUGUGGCGAAAGUCGACAUCCGCGGAAACAAGGCCCAGGCCGGCGCCCUAGCAGUCGAGGUUGCUGCCGCCUACCGCCAGCAGCUCACGGUGGCCGCCUCCCCGCUGCUGUCUCUGGCGGCGCUGGUGCACCUGCACCCGCGCUACGAGUACCUGCAGAGCGCCUUUGCGCCCUUUGCAGCAGACAUGGCGCAGCAGGUUCCCGGUCGGCCGCUGCGCAGUCUUCAGCUGGCUCCCGCGGGGGUGGUGCGCCUGGUGGAGCCGCUGGCGGGGAACGAGGCGGCGUUGGGGCUGGACCUGUUCGCAGACCCCUGGGAGCGGGAGGGCGCAGUGAGGGCGGUGGCUGAGCGGACCCUCACACUGGCUGGCCCGCUGGCCUUCAAGAAGGGCGGCUCGGGGGUGCGCAUGCGGCUGCCCGUAUUCGUAAACGCCAGCAGCAACAGCAGCAGCAGCAGCGCUGGUGGUGGCAGCAGCAACAGCAGCAGUACUAGCAGUGGGAACGUUACAGUGGAGGAAAUGUCUUUUGGUGGGCCGGACCCGCUGAACCCCUACUGCGGGCAGCCCUGUGCCUACGACGCCACCACGGGAACCGUCUUUUGGGGCUUUGCCACCGCCCUCAUAGACCUGGCGGCUCUGGGCAACUCCAGCAAUUCGCGGCUGCGGGGGCUGGCGGCGCAGGGCUACCGCUACCGCCUCAGCGCGCCAGCAGGGGCGGCGGGGGCGCAGGCGCAGGCUGAGGCGGGGGAGGCGGAGGUGCGGAGCGUGGUUGUUGCAGGGAGCGAAGAGGCGUUGGAGGAGCCGGUGGAGGCGGUGAUAGAGAUGCCGAACACGCAGUGGCUGCUGCAGAUAUCCCCCGCCAGCGGGAGCUGGAGCCCCAGCUGGUUCGUGCCCGUGCUGGCGGCUGUUGUCGUACUCGCCGUGGCGCUUGCCGUACUGCAGUUUGGCGUACUGGUGUCCAGGCGCCAGCACCAGUCCGUGCUAGAGGCGCUGCUGCCUCGGGAGGUGGUGCGGGAGCUGGUGCACCGGGAUGCGACCACUCUGGGCCCACGGGUCAUUCAAACAGACACCCCCGCCGAGGUGCUCCUGAAGCUGCUAGGCCAGCUGCUGGAGGGCGGCCGGCCCCACCUGCGCGACAUCAUCAUGGUUCGUACGACAGUGCUACGAAACCUGGACAUCUACCAGCCGCUCAACCUGGGCAGCCAGAUCAAGGGAGCCAACCUGGACGAUGACGUGGCACGCUCGCUCAUGCGUCAGCUGGGGGGUACACUGGAGCGAGUGGAUUCACUGUACGACGAGAUCCCGGAGGAUGACGUCAUUCAGCUGCAAGCGGUGGAGGAAGCGGAGGCGGGCGCCGACCUCCAAGGCAUCCAAGUAGAAGUUGUCGGCGGCGGUGGCGGCGGCAGUGGCGGCAUCAACGGCGAUGCAUCGGCGAGCCGCCGCCUGCAUGAUUACGGCACACUGACGGGGGCGCUAGCCCUCAUCUUGACGCCGCAACCGGCGGCGUGGUACGGCGACAGUGGCGGCGGCGUGGAUUCUGCUGACGGCGGCGGCGCGGCGCAUUCCGACGCUGCGUUACCUACAGUGGGCAUGGAGUGCACGCUGGCAGUGAGUCCGGAGCCCUCGCUCACAGUGACAGCGGCGGCGGGAGCACAGGGCAAUGUAGGUGUUUCAAUGGCCGCCGCCUCCGCCGUCUGCAGCGGCGGACUACCUCCGGUGGGCCCUUCCGCGACGGCUGCGACGGCUGCGACGGCGGCCUCUGCCGUUGCUCCGAUUCGGCCCGGGUUGUCGGCAACGCGCGGCAGCGGCAGCGGUGUGUUGAGAGCAGCGGCGGCCAGCGUCAGUGCCCUCCUGCUGCCGCCGCGUGCAGCGACGCAAUCGGGCACUGUAACUCCCGCAGCGGCCUCCGCCGGCUGCCCGCAAGACGACCCCAUGACGUCAGCAUGUUCAACCAACGACGUCACACUCGAGACCGUGGCGGUUAGGACGUACGGCAGCGGCCGUCACCGUCGUAGCUGCAGCAACGCCGCCACUGCCACCACCAACACCGCCGACGGCGUCUUCCUGAGUGCGCCGCCGUCGCCGCCGCCGACGCCGCUAUCACCCACAGCGCCUCCACCGCCACCGGCGCCGUCGUCAUCCCACCACCAAACCCAACUUAGCACCGCACCGCCCUCACAUCUAGCCCACGGCUCUUCCUCCUCCGCGCGACAUCCGGGCUUCAUGAUCACAACCACCGGCUCAAGUGGGGGCAUGCUGCCCUCGCGGUCUCCCCUUGGGGCCGCAGGCGGCAGCAGCGGCGCCGCACCACAGGUAUGGCCCUGUCGCCACCCGAAACGCAGCAGUCUGACCCAACAGGGGCACUCCACUGCGUGGCUGCUACUGCCGCCAGCCCACAGCGCAGGCAGCGGCGGCGCCGCCGCCGGCAGCGGCAUCGCUGCGGCUGCUGCUGCGGGCAGCGGCGGCGGGCCAUCAGCACAUGGGUUGCAACACACCCCCUGUCUGUCGGCGACCUAUAGCGGCGGCAGCCUAGGAAUGCAGGAGGAUCGGGAUCGGGAUCGUGAACGGCACAGCAGUCGACUGUUAGGGGGCUUAAACGGGGCAGGAACCGGGUUGCUGCAGUCAUUAACGGCGCGGCGGCAAGCACUGCCGCCGCCUGCAGCCGUCAUUGAGGAGGUAGAGCGGCAGCUGGCGGCGGCAGACGGUUGGCAGUUUAAUGCGUGGCGACUCCGGGAUGCAACCCAGGGUCACCCGCUGUCGGCGCUGGGCUUCUACUUGCUGCAGCGGGCGGGGCUGAUAGCCCGAUUCAAGAUGAAUCCUGUCACGGUUGCCAGGCUGCUCCGCCACAUCGAGGCCGGCUACCCGGGCAACCCCUACCACAACGCCACGCAUGCCGCCGACGUGCUGCAGACCCUGCAUGCCAUCGCACACGGAGGGCAGCUCUCAGCCCACUACCUGGACCCGCUGGGGCUACUGGCGGCGUACUUUGCGGCGAUCAUUCACGACUACGGCCAUCCGGGCCUUACCAACGACUUCCUAACCGCCACAAGCCACCCGCUCGCGCUGCGCUACAACGACCGCUCCCCCCUGGAGAACCACCAUUGCGCCGCCGCCCUCACCGUCAUGAUGCGGCGACCCGAGCUGGAUGUGCUGGGGGCGCUCAGCAGCCAGGAGCGAGCAGCCUUCAGGAAGCAGGUGAUUGAGAUGGUGCUGGCAACCGACAUGAAGCAGCAUUUUGCGCUGCUGGCGCACUUCAACACCGUGCACCGCCUCACAGCCUACUCGGCCGCAGCGACGGGCUCCGGCGCGGCGCAGACUCCCACCCAGCUGCAGAGGUCCAGUCGCACACUGCUGCAGCAGCUCCACCCCUCGGGCCCCUCCGUCGUGAGCCCGCCUCGCCCCGCGCUCAGCGGCGAUCUGGCGCCCCGGCCCCGCGACGAAACGGAGAAGCUGCUGGGGCUGCAGAUAGCGCUUAAGGUGGCGGAUCUGGGUCACCUGGGGGAGGAGCUCGAGGUGCACCAGAGGUGGCUAGGAGUGCUUGAGGAGGAGUUCUUCCUGCAGGGCGACCGGGAGCGGCAGCUGGGGCUGCCCAUCAGCCCCCUGUUCGACAGGGCCAAGCAGGGCGUCAGCAAGAGCCAGGUCGGCUUCUAUGAUUUUGUCGCUCUGCCGCUGGUUCACGCCCUGAGCAGCGCCUUCCCGGGUUGCCAGCCUCUCAUGCGUUGCUUCCUGGCCAACUACAAUCAUUGGCGGAGCGCCGAGGGACAACCCCCCGCCCCAACACCCACCUCGUCCACCGGCCCCAAGCCAAUACCGCCGCACCCUCCCCAGAGCCCCACACCUGCCUCCGCCGGCGCCGCCAACCUGCCCUCCGCCCCCACCGCGUUUCCGUCCGUACCGCCCACACCGACAGCAGCAACCGCGGCACCGGCGAUAACCACUGCAGCAGCGACUGGCCCUGCAGCAACUGCAGUUGGGGCCGUAGCUGCUGCACCAGCCGGGGCUAAUCACGACGCCCUGCCGCCAAAUCCUUUCGCCAGCGCUUCUGCAGAAAUUGAGCAACCUGCGGAUGAUGAGGCCUGAUGAAACAAGCCAGCUGAUGAGAGGUCGCGCCACAGCUGUCGACCGCUGCCGUGCGCACACAUUUGAAUUUGCUACCGUACCAGCAUCAUGUCCGUCUUCAUACUUCUCGGCAGCGGACGCCAUUUGAACAGCAGACAACCAAAGCAGCUGCUGCCACUGCCGCGGUGCUCGUCCUCAUCACACAUGCAUGCAAAGAAGAGUGCACUGCGCCGCUAGCAUGGGCUGCCUACGCGCGUCGUAACCGCUGGAGAAGAAGGUUAUCUACCGAAAUCCACCAUCGUCCGAAGUCGGUGCUGGGUCAUGGGUAUGUGUUGCACUUUGCAACCACGGCGUGCCCGUUCGUUGGCCUGUUCGUGACAACUCCUCAUCCAGCUGCCUAUUGUGUACAUCAAACACCAUCCUGCGUCAGACCUGCGGGGGCCACUAGUAGCAUUUGACGACCAACGCAGUUUGCAUGGCGGGCUGCAUGGAGGCCGGACGGGCGCCUACAGAGUUUGGAAUGUUGGCCGUCUGUUGUGCCAUCUGGGAUGCCUGCAAGUUGCGUUUCUGACUGCGGUGUACUGGUGUUGGUAUGUCGGCAGCAGCUGUAAGCCCAGCAACAAGCCUUCUUUGUUGUGCGAUGUGCUCACUUCGCACACCACAACGCAUGCCCGAUCAAAUCCUAUGUGCGACGCAAUGCACUGCAACACCAUUCCCCGUACGGCCAAAGCGGAUGUACGGCGCUGUACCUGUGACUAUGCAUGGACCCUAUGCGUGACUAUGCAUGGACAUUUUCUUUCGGUUAACCACGUCCGGGUUCGGGUCCAACUUGCUCACAACAUGUCUGCUCGCAUGCCUUUUCGGCGUGGAGAUUGAAGCACGCUUUUUAAUCUGUUGGCGGAGGCAGGCGGUUGUGGUACGUGGGACGCUAUGUCCUUCCUGAGGGUUUUGGGCGCAACGUUUUGUGACUUCCAACUAUUGCCGCAAGGCAGAGCGGUCCAGUUUUGAUGCACAUCGAUGGUUUUGUAGUGCUGCAAGCCACGCACCGCAUGCGGUCUGCUGGCUGGUCCGUGCGCUUUCCGUACAGGUUCCAUAAUCGUUGAGUUGUAGUUAAUAUUCAUCAUCCCGAGCAGUUCGUGUUUCACCGUGUGUGUUUUUUUGCUUAAAACAAAGGGAGCUUAAAGAGGCACCUGAAGCCUCCUGCGGCUGUUCGUUCCUGAACCCAAAUGUUUUAAAGGCUUGUAUGCCUGGGAGCUGCUUGCAACUUGCCAUGCAGUCACCCCUUAUCGUGCGAGGGUGGGUGGACUGGGUGGCCAAACGGAUGUGACACCUGCCCCAAAGCAGAGGGAGUAGGAGUAUCACCAUACUUGUUGAGCUUUGCAACGUUUUCGCCCCUGUGGCCGUGGCGGCCAGGUCAUACAUACAGCCAGAAGGACGGAAGCGUGCGGGUUUGUAGGGUUUGUAACGCCACAUGACUUGUGGCCAGGCGGCUGGACGUAAUAAAGUUGUCGUCAUCAGUUGCGGUAUCCGACAUUUUACCCGAAGUCUUCACAGGUUCCCGUUCCCCGUGAUUGAUAGGAGCUUGUUGGUAUAUGCGUCUAUCUUUGAACUACUAGGGUAGCAAUAUUCCACUUGCCAGGAGGUGUGCAGUGUAGAGGGGGACACACCCAGCUUGGCGGGGUUUUGUGGGUAAAGACUCUACUAUGAUAUGUAAUAAUGUAAAGGCCCU